CAGUGAAGUUUAGCCUAGCAGGGUUGAGGAAACACCGAUGUUACCACCACAGCCACAGCGGUGGAAAAAGAAAGAGCACCAGUCAAGUUUUAUUUUUUAACCGGGAAUCAGUCGUGAUAUUUCCUCAAGAAAAUCCGCUGUCGCUUGGAUUGUAGGAGUACUCGCUUUGGGUCUGGUCACAUUUUCCCGACUUUCUAUGAGGAGAGAGCUCUGAGCCAACUAAUCACCGACAGUGGCCGGGGAGGGAUUCAUCCAGCGGCUGUAGACGGCGGACAUCGGCUGAGCAACGGCUGAUUUGAACCAGCGUGCGUCAGUGGGCCCACAGGCUCCACGCUGGUGCUGAGACAGGAUGAAGAGGUUCAGGCGACACGGCCAGGAGUCACAGAGAGAUCGGCUCAAACAGGAACUCUUCCAGUUUAACAAGACAGUGGAGCAUGGAUUCCCCCACCAGCCCAGCGCUCUGGGCUACAGUCCCUCCCUGCAGCUCCUGGCCAUCGGCACCCGCUCCGGAGCCAUCAAACUAUAUGGAGCUCCAGGUGUGGAGUUCAUGGGUCUACAUGACGAGAAUGCUGCUGUUACACAGGUGCACUUCCUCCCCCACCAGGUUGAACUGGUGACUCUGCUGGAUGACAACAGUCUACACAUGUGGACUUUAAAAGCUCACAAGGGACUUUCUGAACUUCUGGAGAUAGGACGCUUCACACUGACUGGACCACCUGGUGCCCCUCCGAGUGUGACCAGAGUGACGGCAGUGCUGGCUCACUCCUCAGGAGAGCUGCUGCUGUUGGGGACAGAAGGAGGACAUGUCUUCAUAGUUGAAGUCCCAGGGUUCAGAGAGCUGGAGGAGAGAAACAUUAGCCUUGACCAAGUGACCAGCAGCGUGCCAGAUGACUACAUCGGCCGCAGGAAUCUGGAACACGUCGAGGCCUUACAGGAGAACCCGGUCAAUCCAAACCAGGUUGUCAUUGGCUACGGACGGGGUCUCAUGGUGAUCUGGGAUCUGGUGAAACAGUGUGCCAUCCAGCACAUCCCCGCCACACAGCAACUGGAGAGCGUGUGGUGGACCGAGGACGGAGGCUACAUUCUCAGUUCACACAGUGAUGGAAGUUACUGCCGGUGGACGGUGAACGGCGAGGACGCAGAGGAGGAGAAAUCAGACAUUCCUUACGGACAUUUCCCCUGCAAGGCCAUUUCUAAAAUAAUCCAGCUACCUACAGAAGAAGGGCCUCCGUUCCUCCUCUUCAGCGGCGGCAUGCCCAGGGCCAGCUACGGGGACAGACACUGUAUCACGGUGAUCCACAGUAAAACACACGUGGCUCUGGACUUCACCUCCAGGAUCAUCGACUUUUUCGCCAUCAGAGACGGACCGGAGCACACAGGAGACCCCAGUGCGCUGGUGGUCCUGGUGGAAGAGGAGCUGGUAGUCAUAGACCUGCAGACUGAGGGCUGGCCAGUCAUCCAGACACCGUACCUGGUUCCCCUCCACAGCUCAGCCAUCACCUGCUCACACCACGUCUCCGCCAUCCCCCUCAAACUGUGGGAGAGGGUCCUCGCUGCUGGAGACCUGCAGAACACACACUACUCCAAGAAGCCAUGGCCAAUAACGGGAGGCCAGAACCUGGCCCCAGACCCUCCACAGAGAGACCUGCUCCUCACAGGGCAUGAAGAUGGGACGGUGCGUUUCUGGGACGCAUCAGGAGUCUGUCUGUAUCCCAUGUAUAAGUUGAGCACAGCUGGAGUGUUCCACACAGAUGCUGAUCCCAACGAUAACAUGAACCAAGGCACUGAAGGGGAGUGGCCGCCAUUCAGAAAGGUCGGCUGUUUUGACCCCUACAGCGAUGACCCAAGGCUCGGCGUUCAGAAGAUCCACCUUUGUAAAUACAGUGGUUAUCUGACUGUAGCUGGCACUGCUGGACAGAUCCUGGUGCUGGAACUGAACGAUGAGGCGGCAGAGCAGAUAGUGGAGGCUAAAGUUGUGGAUUUGCUGUUGGGCCAAGAGGGCUUCCGCUGGAAGGGCCACACUCAGCUGGAUGUGCGAGAGGAGCCGGUUCUGUUUCCUCCAGGCUUCCAGCCCUUUGCUCUGGUCCAGUGCCAGCCUCCUGCUGUGGUUACCGCCCUCACCCUGCACUCAGAGUGGAAGCUGGUAGCUUUUGGCACCAGCCACGGCUUCGGCCUAUACGAUUACCAACAGAAGAACAACGUCCUGGUCAAGUGCACCCUGAACCCCAGUGACCAGCUGGCCAUGGAGGGUCCUCUGUCCAGGGUGAAGAGCAUAAAGAAAUCCCUCCGACAGUCCUUCAGGAGAAUCAGACGCAGCAGAGUCUCGCUAAGGAAACAUCACGUCAACAAUGCAGCAAAGCUCCAGGAGGCGAACGCUCGUCUGGAGGCAGAGCUGGCAGAGAUGGAACUCGCUCCUGUUCAGAGGAAGAUCGAGGCUCGCUCCUCUGAUGACUCCUUCACCGGUCUCGUACGGACUAUUUACUUCGCUGAUACCUUCCUCACAGACAGUUCACAUAACACACCCUCCCUAUGGGCAGGGACCAACGGUGGCUGUGUGUUUGCGUACAUGCUCCGCCUCCCUUCUGUCGAGCACAGAGCAGACGAGCCAAUCACCGCACAGCAGGCUAAGGAGAUCCAGCUCAUGCACCGGGCCCCUGUUGUGGGUAUCGUGGUGCUGGAUGGUCACGGGGCUCCGCUCCCUGAGCCCCUGGAGGUGGCCCACGACCUGGCCCGCUCACCUGACAUGCAUGGCUCACACCACCUCCUGGUUAUAUCUGAGGAGCAGUUUAAGGUUUUCACCCUGCCAAAGGUGAGCGCUAAGAUGAAGCUAAAGCUAACGGCCAUGGACGGCUCCAGGGUACGGAGGGUGGGCGUGGCCUGGUUCGGCAGCAGUAAGUCAGAGGACUACGGCGAGAGCGGCCUCGUCGUUCUGACCAAUCAGGGCGACGUCCACGUGGUGUCACUGCCCACGGUCAAGAUGCAGGUCCAUUACCCCUGCAUACGCCGAGAGGACGUCAGCGGCAUCGCAUCCUGUGUCUUCACCAAGCACGGCCAGGGCUUCUACCUGAUCUCGCCGUCUGAGUUUGAACGCUUCUCUCUAUCCACCCGCCAGCUGGUGGAGCCUCACUGUCUGGUGGAGGUUCCUCUUCAUUCAGGCUCCACCCAACACUGGUCACAGCCCGAUGGCGCUUCAUCUGCUCAUAGAAAUGCCAGACAAGACAGUGAGGAUGCAGAAAGCGCAGCUAGACGUGUUAUGGAGCAUGCUUUGCUGAAUGACGAGAAAGUACUUCAAGAGAUCCAGAAGUCACUAGAAGGAGACCAGACGUCGUUCCUGGAGAAUAAUGUGAAGAGUGCUGUGGCCUGAGCGACAUCUCUGGACAGUUCAGAGUAAACUAACAUGUUUAUGAAGCGUACUGCAGUCCUGUAGCAGCACUCGCCUCCUGCUCAGCUGAAACAACCACUACUGACCCCCGACCCCCUCGCCUCAGUGACUGACCCCCCCCCCACUCUCAGACUACACCGACAGAGAGAGACGCCUCACGGUUCUCGGCAGUCGUCUUUACGAGCACCACAGGACUCACUCGCAGCGCAGACGGAGGGUGGAGGACGACACACCACCUGUGCCUAAAGACCACACGCUGUACACAGACGAUGGCAGCACGGUCACAACCAUCCAACCCAAAGCUACAUGAAGCACAUUCCUGACAUGUGACCAACGCCAUCACCCAUCACACCCAGAUCAACUCCAGCAUCAUAUCACCAUCUCGGAUCUGCCAUCGACUCAUCGUUGGAGCUGUUUGACUUAAAUAGCAACCACUUCACUCUGAAAAGCCUUUAUCACCACCAGCCUUUUUGAUGUGGAUUCUGCCAGUGGAAGAAAAAAGUUUUUUUUUAGUUUUUUUUUUUUUUUUUAUAAUCGCCACGCUCUCUGCUGUGCAAUCUCACUGGCCUUCAUCUCCCCACACGGACAUACAGCUGAAAGGAUUGUGGGGGGUGAUUUGAAUAAUGAUGAAAAUAAUUUAACGGUUAAAUUUUAUGUGAUUUGUGCCUGAUUUUUAUUUUUUAUUUUAAGACACCUCAGAUUUACACUGUGGAAGCCCAUUUCUGCCAGGAAAAAGAAAAAAAAAGUUAGGAAUGAUGAGAAGAAAAGAAAGUUGUUUUAUGUAUAUUAAACCAUCCUGGUCAUUAAAUUAGUCCUAGCAUUACCAUUACAUGUCCCCUGUAUACUGCUAACACAGCCCCUCCCGUCCACUCUAGACUUUGUAUCCGGCCAUAGGUACUUCUCCACUAUUGCGGAGCUCACAGUGCUGUACUUUUUUGGGGGAUCAGCUUUCUACGGGGUUUGGUUUUUAAUUAUUUUUUAUGUAAACCAAUUUUUUUAUGCCAGCAAUGAAUAAUGUAAUUUAGGAAUGUAAUUGUAAGCUAUUGUAGUGAAAUGUUUUUAAUAUAUACAGUAUGUAUGUGACUCAGUCUGUACCUGUGGGCCUGUUGUAACUGGGGUUGGCUGCUACUUAGAUCAUGCAAGGAAAUAUUUUGGUACUGUGUCUCAGAAUGCUGGGUAUUUAGCAUCAGCCUAGAAUAUAUUUUUGUAGUGAACUGAUUCAGAACCCUAAUUUUUUUAUUUGUAACUUCACACUACAGUUUUCUUGUGGAUAAUUAUUACAUGUUUUUUUUUCCCAAGAAUGAUCGUGUCUGUUUUUAUUUACUCGGUGCACUGACAUCUUUAAGUUUUCCACAUCGUUCGUCUGUGCUGCACCGCAAACAAAUGUUUGACAGUGUCUGAAUGCCGUUUCGGUCUUUGUACGCUUCAAUGAAAGUUGAAAAAACAUUUAGAUUCCCAACCCA